AUGCGCCUCAUAACCCCCACAGUCGCAAUCGCGCUCGCCUCCCUCGUUGCAGGGAGCCCCUCCCUCCACAGGACACGCAACACCCCAUGCGUUCCGUCCACCAACACCACCUCGCCCCCGGUGAACUUUGGCGCCAUCGUCUUCCGCGCGAUGGACAUGCUUGACAUCUUCGGCCCCCUCGACGCCCUCCAGCUCGUCGCUCACAACCGUCACCUGAACCUCCACCUGAUCGCCGCGACCCUCGACCCGGUCACCACCGCCCCGCAGGCCGCCGGCAUGAACGUCUACAACUCGUCAUUCUGGCCGACGAUCCAGCCCACCGCCACCUUUGACGACGACCUCGACCUCGACAUACUCAUCGUCCCCGGCGGGCCCGGCAUCCGCGCGCCCGGCCUGGAGCACAUUGUCGAGUACGUCAGGAGGUCCUACCCGAGGGUCAAGUACCUCAUCACCAUCUGCACGGGCGCCAGCUUCGCGGCCAAGGCGGGCGCGCUGGAUGGCAAGAGAGCCACAACGAACAAGGCGGCCUGGAAGCUGAUCACGGCCAUGGGGCCUAAUGUCGAGUGGGUUUCGCCGGCCCGGUAUGUGGCCGAUGGCAACGUCUGGACUUCGUCUGGUGUCAGUUCCGGCCUGGACUUGACCGUCGCCUUCAUCAAGGAGGUAUACGGCGAGGAGCUGGCGACCAAGGUCAGCAGGAUCAUGGAGUAUGUCCCGAACCCCGCCGACUGGGACCCCUUUGCGGAGAUCAACGGCGUCGGGCCCACAAACAACGUCUAG